CAAAAUUCAUUUCUACAAAUCAUAUAUCCAGAGAAAAUCCAAGCAAAUACAAGUGAUAAUUCAGAAAAUGAAUUUGAACAGGUAUCCUAUAUUAUUCCAAUAGGUGAGAAACCAUAUACUGUGCACCUUAAGCAAAGAUUUUUUUUAGCAGAUAAUUUCAUGGUUUAUUUGUAUAAUCAAGGAUCUAUGAAUUCUCAUUCUUCAGAUAUUCGGACUCAAUGCUACUACCAAGGAUAUAUUGAAGGAUAUCUGAAUUCUGUUGUCGCACUUAGCACAUGCUCUGGACUGAGAGGAAUUUUGCAAUUUGAAAAUGUUUCUUAUGGAAUUGAGCCUCUGGAAUCUGCAGUUGAAUUUCAGCACCUUCUUUAUAAAUUACAGAAUGAAAAUGAAUUUCCAUUUCUUACUGAAAAUAACCAAGACACAGAACAAAACCCAAUGGACUAUACUGUUUUUAUAAAUGAAAAACCAGAAUCAACUGUUUCAGAUUUAAUUCCUCUUUAUUUAGAAAUGCAUAUCGUGGUGGACAAAGUUUUGUAUGAUUUCCUGGGCUCUGAUAGCAUGAUAGUAACAAAUAAAGUCAUCGAAAUUAUUGGCCUUGUAAAUUCGAUGUUUGUCCAAUUUAAAAUUACUAUUGUGCUGUCAUCUUUGGAGUUGUGGUCAGAUAAAAAUAAGAUCUCUACAGUUGGUGAGGCAGAUGAAUUAUUGCAUAGAUUUUUAGAAUGGAAAAAGUCCUAUCUUACCCUAAGACCUCAUGAUAUUGCGUAUCUAUUCAUCUAUCGAGAUUAUCCAGAUUAUAUGGGAGCAACGUUUCCUGGAAAAAUGUGUGUUACCCAUUAUUCUGCAGGAAUUGCUUUGUAUCCCAAGGAGAUAACUUUAGAGGCGUUUUCAACUAUUGUCACCCAGAUGCUGGGACUCAGUCUGGGGAUAUCAUAUGAUGACCCAAAGAAAUGUCAAUGCUCAGCGGCCACCUGCAUAAUGAAUCCAAAAGCUAUGCAAUCCAGUGGUGUGAAGACUUUUAGCAGUUGCAGUUUGAGUGACUUUAAAAAUUUCAUUUCAAAUAUGGGUGCCCGGUGUCUUCAGAAUAAGCCACAAAUGCAAAAGACUCCGGUAUCAAUCUGUGGCAACGGCAGAGUGGAGGGAAAUGAAGUCUGUGACUGUGGUACUGAGGAACAAUGUGGAACUGAUAGCUGUUGUAAUCCUCGAACUUGUAUGUUGCAACCAGGUGCAAAGUGUGAUACAGGAUCAUGCUGCAACAACUGUCAAUUUAAGGCAGCAGGUGCUGAAUGCAGGCCCGUUGGGCAUCCUGAAUGUGAUAUUUCUGAGGCUUGUAAUGGAAGCUCAGCAAUCUGUCCAACUGAUAUAACCAUACACAAUGGACACAAGUGUAAAGAUGGAAAAGCUUUUUGUUUUGAUGGAGGCUGCCAUGAUCUUGAUGCACGUUGUGAGAGCAUAUUUGGAAAAGGUUCAAAAAACGCUCCAUUUGCCUGCUAUGAAGAAAUACACUCUCAAAAUGAUAGGUUUGGGAACUGUGGUAAACAAGGAAAGAGUUACAAAUUCUGUGCAUGGAGGAAUCUUAUAUGUGGAAGAUUAAUUUGUACCUACCCUUCUCAAACUCCUUUCCUUCAAGAAGAUGCUUCUGUGAUUUAUGCUUUUGUACGAGAUGUUGUAUGUAUAACUCUGCACCACAGAUCAAAAAAUGAAGAUCCAAUGGAGAUAAAAAGUGGCUCUAUUUGUGAUGAUGGGAGGAUCUGUGUAAAUCGUGAAUGUGUAGAAUCCAGGAUACUUGCAACUCAAUCACAUACUUGUUCACAAAAGUGCAAUGGACACGGAGUGUGCACUUCAACCUUGGAGUGCCAUUGUUCUAGUGGCUUCAGACCUCCAGAUUGCCAAAGGAGUGCCCGGGACUCUUCUAAUUCACCUUGGGAACAGGGUUUAAUCAUGGAAAAAACCUUUGUGAAGGCUCGGAAGAAACAGUGGCUUCUGGGUAUCUACCUGGCUUUACCUGUUCUCACCGUAGCAACCAUAAUAGCUAUUUCAUGGAAGCGUUUGAAAAAGCGGUUCACCAAGCAACAGGAAUCCCAAAGUAGCGAAUCAGAAAGCAGCACUCACAGAACUGACAGCAGAUCCAGAUCAGAAAGUAGCAGCGGAACAGACACUGUCAGAUCCAGGUCAGAAAGCAGUGCCCAAACAAACACUACUAGCAGUAACUAAUACUUCCUUCAGAAGGCAGCAGACGUUACCGAGGGUCUCAGUGAGAAACAAAAAUUCUGCCUUUCCUCCCCUGGGCACAGCCAAACGAGACAAUAAACCGAGUGCGGACCCAUUUGCAGGAGCGUCUGUUUCUCUUUCGGCCUGUAGGCACCAGUGCUGGGACCCCUCAAGCCAUGCAACUAACUGGGGUAGGGCGAACACAGCCUUGAGACCUCUCUGGCCCACAGCUGCCCCUGGACGUGACCCUUCCCACCAGAGAGCCCAGGACCCAGCCCCACUCACAAGGAGGGAGGAAUCAGCCACAGAAAUCCCUGGGCCCUGGCCUGCAGGGAGCCUGUUCUAGCCUCUGCACCAGCCUUAACCACCAGCAGGGAGUCACCAAAUGCAUGAAAAACCACAAUCCCAAAAUCUGGGGACCCAGCCUGACCAUAGUAGGAUAGGUCUUGCCCUGGGACAACCUGGGCCCCAACCCUGCCCCACCAGCAGGCCAACACAAGCUUCAUGACACCCCAGACCCUAUACCAAACUGUGUCAGGAAUUACAGCCCCCUUCCCCCAAACCCAGCAAUCCGAUUCCAGCUCUGGGAUCCCUGGGUCCUGCAAUCGGACCCUAGGACCCGGCUUGCUCGCCAGUAGUCUAGCACUAACCCCAGUGGGUGGGCAACAGCUCUGGAGUCUUUGCGACCUUGACUCUGCCCACCAGUGAGGCAGCACUAGCCCUGGGGCCCCCUGCGGUUCUUCAGUCAGCCACCUGGUAACCUGGUCCCGCCAACCAGCAGCUGACAGCCUCUGCUCAAGACAGGGCCUGGCAACCAACCAGAUCACCCGACAGCCUACCAACAACUUUCGCAAACAUCUGCAUUUUGUCUGUUUGGAUGGUAUGUAACCAACCAGGAGGGAGCUUGCUUGCUGUCAGUAACUUGAGCAUUUUUAUCUUUGUUCCUUCUCCUCACUGCAAGUAGAAAGCACUUCAAAAGUCGCCGGCCUAAGUAAAAGAUACAAACAAAGCCGUCGCCAGGCACCGUCGCCAGGCACCGCCUAAUCCGAGAAUUCAGAACCGCAAACAGCGCAGCCUCUCCUCCGUUAACGAGAAACCGAAUGUGUGUCGCUGCUGUCUUCCCUGGAGCCCCAUCCGCCCGCCCGCCGGGAUGCCCACUCACCUCCAGAGGCAGCAGGGAGCCGUGGUGCUGCUGCUUCCUUCCAGCGCUUUCUCGCUCCGCAGCCCGCGCCCUCUCCUCCGGAGCGCGGCGCCUCCACGCGCCCCAACGCCCCAACCGCCGCCUGGUACUGGGCAGCGGGGCUCCAAGUCAGCGGAGCCAUGUUCCUUCUUCUGGUCCUUCUCGCCGGCCUUGGGGGGCUACACGCAGGCCCCAGUAAGUCUAGAGCCUUCCUCCCCUCCCAGUCCAGGCCUCGGAGGAGACUGUGUUGGGUUCGGGGGCUGUCCGUGUUGGUGCCGGAUCCAGGCCGGCCCGACCUUACCCCUGCCCCCCGCUCUCCCCACCUUCCGCUGUCU